AUGAGAAAACUACUAUUGUUCGUGGCGAUUCUUCAAUCUUUUAAUCCGGCGGAAUCGGUGAACGGUGUGAUAUGGGAUAAGAAAAUCCAAGAUUUCGUGCCGAUCUUCAGCGUCUCGGCAUUCACAUUCGCGAAACAGGAUGUGCUCGUGCGUAGUUGGAAAGAGGAGACGCACAACUUUCAAGGAAGAAUAGUCCGACACACUUACUUUGAGGAAUGGAACAUCGUCAAUUCAAAAAAUAAUGGAACUGAAGUGACCGGCGUUAUCGGCGAGAUUUGGAAUACAUUAUCAGAACACUUGAAUUUCACAUUAAAACCGAUUAAAUCGGACGAGACGUCUCUAGGGACAAGGGAUGCCAAUAACACUUACAACUUCGGAUUGCUAAGUGCAAUACAAAAAAAUGGAACGGACGUAUUAUCGAGGGUUGAAAUCACUGGCGGCCUUCGACCUCAUAUCAUGCAAAUCACCGUUCCGUUAUGGAAAAUUGGUCAUAAAUUGUAUAUACAUCAAAAAAUGACACACGUGUAUACUUGGAUGUGGAAUUUGUUUACCCCGAAGGUAUGGUACGCCGUUCUGAUAAUGUACAUCCUUUUCAGCGUGUGCAAUCAUUUAUCACAAAGAAUCAAU